AUGAGCUCGACGCAAGGGCGCAAGCGCUCGCGUUUGGCCUGUCAGACAUGUCGGGACCUGAAGCGCAAGUGCGACGGCGCCGAGCCGUGCGGCACGUGCGUCCGCUUCGAGUAUCCGUGCCGCUACUCGGCCGGCAGCAAGAUGCGCAACAAGCCGGAUCGUGCGAGCCAUGCGCCGCCGUCGCGAAGCGGAGGUCUUUUGUCGCAGCAGCAGCAGCACUCGCCCGUGGACAAUAAUGCCAUAACAACAACAGCAACUACACCCGCGUCGUCGUCGUCCUCGGUCCAGCACCAGGCCCGCUCGCUCGAGGCCAACUCGGGUCCGGCCUUUGUGCGCCGGCUCGGCUUCAAGUCCGAGUCCAAGGGCGGCAGCAGCAGUCCGCGCGUGCAGACUUUUGCCUGGAACGCGUUUCUCGGAUCGCGGCAGACUGUGCAGAGCCCUCCCCCCCUGGCGCGUCGUCGUCCCGUGACGGAACUCUUGUCGCAGCAGCGCAUGUCGUACCUCGCAAGCGUGUACUUUCAGAAACUGCACCCCACCUACAGCUUCGUCGAGGCGGGCGAGGUAGAGCAGCAUAUUCGUCUGCGCUGGGCAAGACCUAGUAGUGCUCAUGCCGAACCUGUUGAUGCCGUCUUGUGCGGUGUCGCUGCGCUGGGGUGUUUGUUUUCGCAGGUUGACGCCGAUAGGACAGAGCCUGAACUCGUCGAGUCGGCAAAGUGUAUGCUUGAGCAGUCUUUCUCAGAUCCGCCUUCGGUGUCGAGCAUCAGUGCCUGGCUUCUGCGAGUCAUCUAUCUCCGGCUUGCCGGAACGCAUUAUCCCGCUUGGAUGGCAAGCUGCACGGUGCUGCACAUGCUAGAGGCCGCAGGCAUGACCGUGGAAGACGCAGACCCAGUCGCCCUGCGGUCUGAUACCGAGCAGUCGAGCAACAUCGAGGUGAACCGAAGACUACUCGCCGUCUCACAGCAUCUCAACACUUGGAUGUCCUAUGACAUGGGCCUGAGCCGCGUGUCUCUCUCAGGAGUCACAUGCGCGCUGCCGUCGAAACGGCCAGGCGAAUACACGACCGAGCUGAUGGAGCUCCUGCCCUUUACCAUACAGCUAGACCCAGAAAGAACGCCGCAAGCAGCCUCUGAGCUAGAAUCUGCGCUCCAGAUUGUCCUCGACCGGGUUCACACGCGGCCGCCCACCAUUCUCGGGCAGUGCAACCUUGCGCUCUGUCUCUGCCGCCGCCUCCGCUCCAUGGACUUUACCCUGCCCGACGCCACGAUUCAGCGCAUUCUGGUGCUCACAGCGAGCGGCAUCCAAGCAGCGCGCGCGAUCCUCAUCGAUCGCGCGCCGUGGCACCACAUGGCAUACGUGCCCUUUCAAAUCGUCUGCGUCUUGCUGGCCAUUGACACCGUGUCGUCCAUUUCGCAGCUGCGCGACGCCAUGCAGUGCCUCCAGGACGUCGCUGCCGUGUACAACACGCACGCCACGCGCGAAGCCAUGCGCACGGCGCGGUCGCUCAUCAUGCUGCAUCAGCGCGGCAAGGAGAUGCUGGCGGCCGCUUUGCACGACAUUGUCAAGGUGUACGAUGUUGUGAAUGCGCCAGAGCAUGUGACGAAUAAUCCCGCCGCCCCGGCGGCGGCGGCGCUGGCCGACGACUUUGCGUGGCUGAAUGGCUUGCCCGAGGAUUUUUCCAACAUUCAGGACCUCAGCUUGGAGCAGCUACUCAGCCCGGAAUUCUUUUGGAAUGCAAGUAGCAGUUGA